AUCGACCAUAGUUUAUUCCAAAAAUAGUUGCAUAAUAUUAGCGCGAUAAGGCAUCCCCAUUUUGCAAAUCACCACAAUCCCUCAUUUUCUCUCUCCUCUUCUCUACCAAUGGCGGCGUCCUCUUCUUCCCUCUUCAACCCUGCCACUUCCACCGCGACCUCUCUCUUCCAAAACCCCAAACCCAAACUUAACAACCACCGCCUCCACCGUCACCCCAAACCAACCCCCAUUUUCACCCUCCCCCCAAUCACCGCCACCUCCUCCACCUCCACCCACCGCGCUGCCCACGAAGAUAUCCGCGAAGAGGCCCGCCGCCAUGCCAAAUCCCAUAACUUCUCCGCCAAAUACGUCCCCUUCAACGCCUCACCUGAAUCCACCGAGUCUUAUUCCCUCGAUGAGAUCGUCUACCGCUCCCGCUCCGGCGGCCUGUUGGAUGUUCAACACGACAUGGAUGCGCUCAAGCAAUUUGACGGAAAUUACUGGAAAUCCCUCUUCGAUUCCCGCGUUGGGAAGACCAAUUGGCCGUAUGGCUCAGGCGUUUGGUCUAAGAAAGAGUGGGUUCUCCCGGAGAUUGAUGGCGACGAUAUCGUGUCAGCUUUUGAAGGUAACUCCAAUCUCUUCUGGGCUGAGCGUUUUGGGAAACAGUUUCUGGGUAUGUCUGAUUUGUGGGUGAAACAUUGUGGGAUUAGUCAUACUGGUAGUUUUAAGGAUCUGGGUAUGACUGUUUUGGUUAGUCAGGUUAAUAGGUUGAGGAAAAUGAAACGCCCUGUUGUCGGUGUCGGUUGCGCUUCAACUGGUGACACUUCUGCUGCUUUGUCAGCUUACUGUGCUUCUGCGGGGAUUCCGUCCAUCGUGUUUUUGCCUGCUGAUAAGAUUUCCAUGGCUCAGUUGGUUCAGCCGAUUGCUAAUGGGGCUUUUGUGUUGAGUAUCGAUACUGAUUUCGAUGGUUGUAUGCAGUUGAUUAGGGAAGUAACAGCCGAGUUGCCGAUUUAUUUGGCAAAUUCUUUGAAUAGUUUGAGGCUUGAGGGGCAGAAAACUGCUGCUAUUGAGAUUUUGCAGCAGUUUGAUUGGGAAGUGCCUGAUUGGGUGAUUGUUCCUGGUGGGAAUUUGGGGAACAUUUACGCCUUUUAUAAGGGUUUUAAAAUGUGCUAUGAAUUGGGGCUUGUUGAUAAGAUGCCGAGGUUGGUGUGUGCUCAAGCUGCUAAUGCUAAUCCGUUGUAUUUGCAUUAUAAGUCAGGGUGGAAGGACUUUAAGGCUAUAAAAGCUAAUACUACAUUUGCUUCAGCUAUUCAGAUUGGUGAUCCUGUAUCAAUUGACAGGGCGGUUUUCGCUUUGAAAAAUUGUAAUGGUAUUGUUGAAGAGGCAACCGAGGAAGAACUAAUGGACGCUAUGGCUCAAGCUGAUUCUACUGGGAUGUUUAUUUGCCCGCAUACCGGUGUUGCUUUGACUGCAUUGUUUAAAUUGAGGAAUAGUGGUGUCAUAGGACCAAAUGAUAGGACGGUUGUUGUGAGUACUGCUCAUGGGCUGAAAUUCACACAAUCAAAGGUUGAUUAUCAUUCAAAGUCUAUCCCUGAUAUGUCUUGCAAGUUUGCGAAUCCACCUGUGCAAGUGAAGGCAGAUUUUGGGGCCGUAAUGGAUGUUCUUAAAGGAUAUUUGAAUAAGACUCCAAAAGUUUAGGUCUGAGACAUCCAUGACGAGAAAUGAUGCUGUGGAUUUGGCAGUGAAGAUUAAGCAGAUUUUGAAAGAGAAAUAUGCGAUUGACUUUGUGGACCUACAGUCUUAUUUUGUUGCGGAAUAGGAUGCUGAUAAAUGGGACAUCUAGCUCCAUAAGAGACUGUUAGAGAAGCUCCAAUUAGGUGCUUCUCCCCCCUCUCCUAGAAACUACUUUGGGCUUUUUGUAAACUUACUGUACUAAAAAAACCCACCUGUUUGGCCUAACAUGUGUUUCUCAAGUUCAGAAUUACUUCCAAAAGCUUGGCCAAACAACUCUUAAGUUAUAAUCAAUCGGUUUUGAUGAACUCCAACUUUUGGGUACCGCGAAUUAUAGCUGAUGUGUGUUAAUGAAUAUCUACCAUUCUACGUA